AUGUCUCUCUCUGGUUCACAAAAGAAGCUGAUCCUACUGGUCUUGGCGUUUGCAUGUCUCUCUUCAUCAGGUGCAGAGGCGUGGAGCUGGAGUUGGAGCAACGGGUCGGGUUGGGGCUGGGGAUCUUAUGGCUCAAGCAGCUCUAGCUCAGGUCCUGGUUCAAACUCUGACGAUUCAAGUCGGAGUUGGGGCUCGAGUCCUGGCUGGGGCUGGAGCUGGGGAGACGGCUCAGACAACUCUGGCUCAGGUUCUGGUUCAAACUCUGAUGGAUCUGGUUGGGGAUGGGGCUGGGGAUCAGAUGGGUCAAGCAGCUCGGGCUCAGGUUCAGGUACCAUUCCUGAUGGUUCAAGAUGGAGCUGGAGCUGGAACCCUAGGUCAGGCUGGAGCUGGAGUUGGGAUUCCAACCAUAAUUCGGACAGUGAAGCGCCAAACAGUUCAGGAACGGACAGUGAAGCACCCAGCUGUUCGAGCUCCGGUUCGGACAGUGAAGCGCCAAGGAACAUCGUAGUGGGAGGAUCUGAUGGAUGGAAAAAAGGUUUGGAUUACAAAGAAUGGGCUUUCAAGAAUGCUCCUUUCUACGUCAACGAUGUUCUUGCUUUCAAGUACGAUAAAUCGGCCAAGCGAAGGAACAAUGUGUAUUUGUUCCAAGAUCCAUGGAGUUAUAUGAACUGCGACCUAAAGAAUGCAAAGAAGAUUGGUUUGACGCAUAAAAGAUCAGAAAAAAGCUUCAAGUUUGCACUUAGACAAAAUAAGCCUUACUUCUUUGCCUCGGGCGAGCAUGAUGGUGAUUAUUGCACCAACCACAACAUGAAGUUCACCCUCUUCCCUGUUCCGCACCAUUCUGACUAA